UGUCAGGCUACUGUGUCAGGAUACACAUGAUGGAGUACACAUAGAGAUAAUUACAGUAUACUAUUUUUUAAAAUAAAAAAAAGGUAUAAGAUUAGAGAAUUUCUAUACUUAUUUUAUCUCAAAAAAAAAGAUUAAAGAAUUUCUGGUCUUUAAAAAAAACCUGCCUUUCAAUAGAAUGUCAGUUGGAUAGAAUAAAAGAAUUUGAGAGAAUUAUAAUUUUUAGUAUAUUCUCUUACUUUCUUCAGAAGGUAAAAAGCAAGAUGCAGUUCUACUUCUACAUAUAUACUUUUUUUCCUUUCAUAUUUCCUUGCAACUUGAUGAUUAAGAAGGCCAUCUUCAAUACGUACCUUCUGUCAUGCCUUAUGCAAUUUGAGAUCUUUGAAAACUGCCUGUUUGUUGAUCCAAGGAUCAAUUCUUUUUGUGUAUAGAUUGUUUCAGCAAAGGUUAUUCGGAAUAAGCAGACAGGAUUCCCAGAGGGUUAUGGUUUCAUUGAGUUUGUGAAUCGUGCUGCAGCUGAGAGGAUUUUGCAGGGUUACAAUGGCACACAAAUGCCAAAUACUGAGCAGAAUUUCAGGCUCAACUGGGCUGCUCUUGGUUCUGGUGAGAGACGCCAGGAUGAUGGCCCUGACUACACAAUUUUUGUCGGAGAUUUGGCUGCUGAUGUUACUGAUUACACAUUACAAGAAACAUUUAAAGCCGUGUAUCAAUCAGUGAAGGGUGCAAAAGUUGUCACUGAUAGGCUCACUGGUCGUUCCAAGGGCUAUGGGUUUGUGAGGUUUGGUGAUGAAAAUGAACAAUUGCGUGCCAUGACUGAAAUGAAUGGGCAAUAUUGCUCCACACGGCCUAUGCGUAUCGGGCCAGCGGCAACCAAAAAACCUGUAACUACACAACAGUAUCAAAAAGCUACCUAUGAUAACCCUCAAGGAAAUCCAGGCGAGGCAGAUCCAAAUAAUACAACAAUAUUUGUUGGGGCUUUGGAUCCUAGUGUUACAGAAGACAUGUUAAAAUCAGUGUUUGGCCAAUAUGGUAUGGUAGUACAUGUGAAAAUACCUCUAGGCAAGCGCUGUGGUUUUGUUCAAUUUGCUAACAGAACUUCAGCGGAGCAAGCACUAUCAAUGUUGAAUGGAACACAGUUGGGUGGUCAAAGUGUUCGCCUAUCGUGGGGGCGCAGUCCUUCAAACAAACAGACUCAGCCAGAUCAAGCACAAUGGAAUGGCGGAUACUUUGGAUAUCCUCCACAGGGGUACGAGGCAUAUGGAUAUGCACCUCCUCCCCAAGAUCCUAACAUGUACUACGGGGGCUAUCCUGGAUAUGGAAAUUAUCAGCAGCCAGGGGCUUACCAACAGCAACAAUAGUGAGCUGCCGCCUUGACUCUUGGAAGUUCUGAAGUUGCAGUUAGUUGGCUGGCCCGUCAAGAGGUUCUGAAGUUUCAAUUAGUUGGCUGGCUCUCAAUGAUGGCACGAUUUUCCGACUUUAUGUUGGGAGGUGUCAUCCAAUCCUUUUUUUUUUUUUUUUUGUUAUUUUUACUUUGUUCCUUUUUCCUUCUUCCCCACCUUGUCUCUUCAGGUUUCUAGGUUUUUUGUUAUUCCCUGCCAUUUUGUGAGAUGAUGAGUUUCUGAUAUAUUUAUUUGGUAUUCGCGUUGCAGUUAGUUACAUAAUUAUGUUCGACUACUUGUAUGGAUAAAAUGACGGAUCGUAUGCUUGUGUUUCAA